UUUCUGCUUAUGUAAGCUCUCCCCUUACUACAGUUUUUAACUCUGUUUGUUGCUUAAACUGGUCCACUUUCCUCCUAUAAAAACCCCUCAUUACUCCACCAAUGCUCUCCUACAAUCUCACCAUUAUCUGCAAAUUGAAGUUUCUUCAUAUAAAUUUAACUAUGAUUCCAUCAGAGGCUACUGCAACUCACUACUUUGCGUCCGAAAAUCCUUCACCUUUGCCUCUUGACUUCAACUUCAUGCACAACAGUUUACCAUCAAUCCAGUUUAGCAGAUACUUAACAAAUGUACCAAAUUAUCCAACUUCACUUCAUGUUCAUGACUUUAACAAUCUGCCACAAUCUUGCAUCAGUAGUAACUCUACCUCUGAUGAAGCGGACGAGCAGCAACUUAGGAUCAACGAUGAGAGAAAGCAAAGGAGGAUGAUAUCUAACCGAGAAUCAGCAAGAAGAUCCAGGAUGAGGAAACAAAGACAUCUUGAUGAGUUAUGGUCACAAGUUCUUCGACUUAGGACGGAGAAUAAUAAUUUGAUUGAUAAAUUGAACCAUGUUUCGGAAUGUCAUGAAAAAGUCCUUCAAGAGAAUGUGCAGUUAAAGGAAGAGGCUUCUGACCUUCGUCAGAUGCUUACUGAUCUCCAGUUUAACAGUCCUUUCCCUGAUUUAUGUGACCUCGAUGACGACGUUCCAUGCACCACUGCUCAUCUCAAGGCUGAAUCAUCCAACCUAUCCAUCACUUAUUCAACAAAUCUGCUUCACUGAAAAGAGAGAGAGAUAUGUUUUGUUUGUUUACUUUUUUGUUCAUGUUGUAUGUUUUACAUGAAUGCCAAAUGAGUCUUUAUCUCAUAUCUGAAUGCCUAAUAACAUCUUAGGAUUCAUGUUUA